GUCAAAUUAGCACAGGGAGGGAAACCUGAAUUCUGAAGAAGUGAGGUCUGAUCCAAUUUUACACGCAGUGGUUUGAAUCGAUACUGUCGACGGCGAUGCGGAAGAGAUGCGCCGACGAGAAGCAGCUGGUCCAGCUCAAGUUCGGCCUGCCGGACUGCCAGCCUCAGGCCCUGUUCGCGCUGUGCACCGGUGCCUCCUCCGACCCCACGCUCAAGGUGUACACGGCGAAGAACGUGACGGAGGAGCUGGAGCGGGCGAAGCGGGAGUUCCUGCAGGCCGGCGUGGUGGUGCGGAAGUCGAGGAAGGUGUUCCUGCCGCGCCUCGUGGAGCGGUACGCCAAGGAGGCCGGCCUCCCCGUCGGCGAUGGCAUCCUCGCGUGGGCGCGCGACAACUUGGACGGCCGGGCCGCGCAGGAGGCAAUCCAGCGGUGCGCCGCCGCCGCCGCCGCGGCAGGCGGCCGGCGCAGGGCGUCGCAGGCCUUCGAGUGGCUCCCGUACAACGCCAGGUUCCGCUACGCCUUCGCCAGGAGCAUGGUCGACAAACAAGCCGCCGCGGUGCUAGCCUAGAUUGUUCUCGCCUUCCUAGUUGCUAGCUGCUGCAGCUGCAGCUGCCGAGUACUGGUGUAUCUAUAUAUAUAUAUAUAUAUAUAUAUAUAUAUAUAUAUAUAUAUAUAUGACAAAUUUUCCCUACUACCGGGUGUAGUUACUCCCACUUAUGUUUCAUACGUUUUAGGUAGUAUCUAUCAUAUCGGAGAGUAUGUACGCGUAGUAUGUAGUAUAUAAGAAUGUUUAGGUAGUAUAUAUACUACUUUUUUUGGUAGUAUGUAUCAUAUUUUGCGCAUACUCUAUUUCACGUAUAAAUAUGUACGUAUUUCACAAAUACAAUAAAA